AUUCGCGAACACGCGACACGACGUCAUUUUCUCCCCUGCACCGGAUAAACAACGCCAAAAAGUUUGUUUUAUGUCCCCGCCCAGGCCUCCGUCGCCGCCGACUCACCGCUGCGCCGCCCGCGAAGGCCGAAGCGGCGGAGGGGGCCUCGCCGGAGCGCUGCUCAGGAGGAUGGCGCGCGCCGCCGGCCUGCGGGCUCUGGUCGGCAUUGAGGCGGCGGGGCGUGGGCGCCGCGUCGCCGCCUCCCCCUCCCCCGGCGGUACUCCAGCGGCCUCCCGCGGGCUCCCCGGCUGGCCGGGGUUCUGCGGGGUGGGCUGCGGCUCCUCGUCGUCGUCGUCGUUUGCUCCGCCGCGGAUGCAGGCCCGGCGGGCCGCGGGGUCGGCUGCGCGCACGCGGUCGCCGUCGCAGUCCAACGGCUGGAUUACCGGCGGCUCCGCGAGUGAGGAUGGUAGACUUAGCUGGGAUUAUUCAAGUUUCAAGGGGAGGAGGCCUUCUAUGGAGGAUCGGUUUAGCAUAAAGAUGACUACGAUCAACGAACAGACAGUCAGCCUAUUUGGUGUAUUUGAUGGUCAUGGAGGAUCACUUGCUGCUGAAUAUCUUAAGGAACAUUUGUUUGAAAACCUUGUGAAUCACCCUGAGCUCCUUAGAGACACAAAGCUUGCUAUAAGCCAAACGUUCCUGAAAACUGAUGCUGAUUUCCUAGAGUCAGUGUCUUCUAAUCCUUUUAGGGAUGAUGGUUCAACAGCUGUGACUGCUAUUUUGGUUGGCAACCACCUAUAUGUUGGUAAUGUUGGUGAUUCACGUGUUGUCGCUCUAAAAGCUGGCAAAGCUGUCCCACUGUCAGAAGAUCAUAAACCUAACAGAAAAGAUGAGCAGAAGAGAAUUGAGGAUGCCGGAGGUAUUGUUGUUUUCGAUGAUACAUGGAGGGUUAAUGGACUUUUGGCAAUGUCCCGUGCAUUUGGCAACCGUGCAUUGAAGCACUAUGUGAAAGCAGAACCAGAUAUUCAGGAAAAAGUGGUCGAUGAAAGCUUGGAAUACCUGAUUCUUGCUACUGAUGGCCUUUGGGAUGUUAUGCGAAAUGAGGAUGCUGUUUCUCUUUUGAAAGCGCAAGAUGGACCCAAAGCAGCAGCCAUGAAGCUGACAGAAGUCGCCCACUCUCGGCUUACCUUAGACAACAUCACAUGCAUCGUGCUGCAGUUUCACCAUGGAAAAUCAACCAACAGCAACUGAUGUUAACAAAGUUUUGUCACCAGAUAUCUUGAAACGAGAGUUGGUCCCCUGAUCCGCGGUUCUACAAGAUUAUUACUAGAUUGGUUGAGUCGUUUUUUUCGUCAUGUAGGAAGCUUUUAAAUCUGACGUGCACAGUUUACUAGCGAAACGUCUUAUGGUUGUUUGAUUUCGGUUUCGGAUCUCUUGCUAUUAGGGGUAGCCGGCCCUGAAAUAUUAAGUUAUCUAUAGCAUAAGAAAUGUUCUAAAUUUUUUAGGUGGCUAAUGAUUUAAUGUCUGUGCCUAUAUACUUCA